GAGAUUUAUUGGCUAAUAUUAAUUAAAGCAUUACAAAAUUCAAACUGAAAAAAGUCUUCAAUCUUGCUUCGUUGCACGAUUAGGGCACAUGAAAUGAGACGAGGGAGUAUAUGCAUUUUGGAAAUGCUUUUGGUCAAAAGGCAGGUUCUGCCUGGUUUUACUUAUGGGUUUUUUGUCGAAAAAAUAUUCUUGUGUAGGUAGCUCCCACACAUGUUAAAAAUGCUCGUCAAGUUCCAGAAUAUGAGAUUCGCCCAGAAGAGCUUGACUUCACUAAUAGUAUUGAAUUGGCCAAGGGAACAUUUCACAUAGCCUCGUGGCGUGGAACCCAAGUUGCUGUAAAAAAGUUUGGAGAAGAAGUGAUUGCUGAUGAGGAGAAAGUGAGGGCAUUUAUAGAUGAGCUAACACUUCUUCAGAAAAUUAGACAUCCAAAUGUGGUUCAAUUUCUUGGUGCUGUAACACAGAGUAGUCCAAUGAUGAUAGUGGUGGAAUAUUUACCAAAGGGAGAUCUACGUGCCUAUCUAGAUAAAAAUGGACCGCUUAAGCCUACAAAAGCUCUUAGAUUUGCAAUGGACAUUGCAAGGGGGAUGAACUAUUUGCAUGAAAACAAACCUGAGGCAAUCAUUCACCGUGAUUUGGAGCCCUCAAAUAUUUUGCGAGAUGUUACUGGGCAUCUGAAAGUCGCUGACUUUGGAAUUAGUAAGUUAGUAAAAGUAACAAACAGGGUUAGAGAGGACCGGCCCUUGGCAUGCGACGAGGCUUCUUGCCGCUAUGUAGCUCCGGAGGUUUUCAAGAAUGAAGAAUAUGAUACCAAAGUGGAUGUUUUUUCCUUUGCUUUAAUCUUACAAGAGAUGAUUGAAGGCUGUCCUCCUUUCCGUGCCAAGAAAGACAAUGAAGUGCCUAAAUCAUAUGCGGCAAAACAACGCCCACCUUUUAAAGCACCUGCAAAGUUUUAUGCUCAUGGGCUUAAAGAGUUAAUUGAGGAAUGUUGGAAUGAUAAGCCAUCCGAACGGCCUACUUUCAAGCAAAUAAUACCAAGGCUGGAGUCUAUAUACAACAAAUUUGGCCACAAGAGGCACUGGAAGGUGAAACCGUUGAAAUGCUUCAAUAACUUUGAGGCGAUGUGGAAGAAAGACGGGUCUUCGAGCUUGGGUAGUGGAACAAGGUCAUCUCGUUCUACCCGCAGCAUUUAACCGGUUUUCGAUAUUUCAUUUGCUCGAUUCGAUUGUGCAUAAAUUCUUCUUUUUUUUUUUAUUUUCAUUCUUUUUUAUUUUUCACCCCCAAUAAUUUCACCAGUUUCCCACUGAUGUGAUUUGUAGCUCAAUUUGGCUUGCAAAUGUGUCUUGUACUAUGUUUAUAUUUUUAAUGUAGAAUGCUAACAUGCAUUCUUACUAUGUACACUGUCUAUACUUGUGCAGUUUUCCAAUGUAUGUGCAAUUUGUAAACAUCAUUUUUUGUGAAGUACUCCGUAAUACUUAAAAAUGGUGUUUGCCUGUUUGGUUAAGGUAUUAGUGUUCAAGGCUAGCCUAGAUGGGG